GCGCUGACGUCAGGAAACUUUCGGGGCGGCCGUGGCCGGAGCGGGCGCCGGGAGCGGCGCGGAGAGGCGGCGGGACGGGCUGCUCCAUCCCCGGCAGAUACCUUUGAGGUGAGAUGCAAGACAUGUGGAGAGGAAGGAACCACUAGAUCAGGUGAAAGUGGGGAGAAAAAAACCAGAAUCAUCAUUGACUGGGAAGAUUUUACAACAUGAAUCGUGCUUUUAGCAGGAAGAAAGACAAAACAUGGAUGCACACUCCUGAAGCCUUAUCAAAGCAUUAUAUUCCCUAUAAUGCAAAGUUUCUAGGCAGUACAGAAGUGGAGCAGCCCAAAGGCACAGAAGUUGUAAGAGAUGCUGUUAGAAAAUUAAAGUUUGCAAGACAUAUCAAGAAAUCUGAAGGCCAAAAGACACCCAAAGUUGAGUUACAAAUCUCAAUCUAUGGUGUAAAAAUUUUAGAUCCAAAAACAAAGGAGGUCCAGCACAACUGCCAGCUCCACAGGAUAUCCUUUUGUGCUGAUGACAAAACUGACAAGAGAAUAUUUACUUUCAUCUGCAAAGACUCAGAGUCCAAUAAGCACCUGUGCUAUGUGUUUGACAGUGAGAAGUGUGCAGAAGAGAUAACUUUAACAAUUGGUCAAGCAUUUGACUUAGCUUACAGGAAAUUUCUGGAAUCCGGAGGAAAAGAUGUUGAAACAAGGAAACAAAUUGCAGGUUUACAGAAAAGAAUUCAAGAAUUAGAAACUGAAAAUGCAGAACUGAAAAAUAAAGUCCAAGAUUUGGAAAACCAGUUAAGAAUAACACAAGUGCACCCAUCUCCACUGCUGCACAUAAAGUGUGAUAAUGAUGAACAUAUGUUUCAAAGACCCUCUACUUUUUUCUGGUGUAACAAUGAGGAUUCACCUCCUUGUUUAGAUAUCUCUUCCAUUACGCUUACUCCUAGGAGUUCUCCUGACUCUAGACUACCACCUGGAUUGUUAAUACCACCACCUUCAAAAAGUGGUCUUCCAAAGCCUGCCAGUGAAUACAGAUGCCCAAGACCUCGUGCAGGCAGUGUGACACCUAAAUCACCCUCCACUGACAUCUUUGAUAUGGUUCCCUUUUCUCCUAUAUCCCCUCAGUCAUCAACACCUACUCGCAAUGGCACACAGCCUCCUCCAGUGCCCAGUAGAUCUACAGAGAUCAAGAGAGACCUUUUUGGAGCAGAACCUUUUGACCCUUUUAGCUGUGGAGCAGGAGAUUUCCCUCCAGACAUUCAGUCCAAACUAGAUGAGAUGCAGGAGGGGUUCAAAAUGGGAUUAACCCUUGAAGGCACAGUAUUUUGUCUUGACCCACUAGACAGCAGGUGCUGAUGCCAAGAAAGUCAAUGUGAAUUUCCUCCACAGUGGGUUUUUUUAUUUCUGAACACGUGCUCACAGAUACUAUCCAUGUGCCAAAAAAAUUACUUUUUUCAACAUGUAAACUCUUGUGAGGCUUGCUUCUGUAAAAAUUCAACUUGUUUCCAGUCUUUCCCUGUACAAAUGUAAAAAGUUGUAUUUGUUUAUGAAUUAUGGAUGAAAUUAUGCUAUUGUGUUUCUUUCUGUCACAUUUUGGCCUGAGUUUACUAUGCUUUGGGACUCUUAGCUUGGAGAAGUUCUUCAGAAAGGUCACUCAUAUCUCUCUCUCUGUCCCUCUCUGCAAAUGUGCAGGCAUGAAUUCUACAUAAUACUUUACCUGGCAGCAUUCUGAAAUUAUGCUUUUAAGGUAUUAUUUACUAUUCAAGCAGUAAAAUUAUUAAUAUCUGCUACAAAAAUUUUAAUUUGCAGUGAAAAAAGCAUAAAAUACUAACCAUUACUAUGUGCUUCAGAAGUAAAUCUGGAUGCAGUGUGAUUGGUUUCCAUCACUGUGUGUGGUUACUGCCCUGUAUAUCUAUUGUCAUUGGUUUAUACAAUCCAGAUUUUAGGUCCUUCAUUCAUGUUUGAGAAACUAACAAGUUGCUAGUCUGCUAAUUAGUGCUUAAUGAGCCUAGAAGAAUUGCAGAAUGGCAAGGCAGCUGCCCUUUGUUUUGAUAUUUUAUAGCUGAAGUGUA